AGUCAGAACGCAGGGUUGGGGAUUGUAGCGGUCUCAGCAACACCUCGAAAGUCCCGGCCAAUGCAGGUUAUUCAGCCUGAUGUUCGCUGCUGCUUCCGCUGCUGAAACAUGUAUUAUGGGAUGACUUCUAGCAGCCGAGUUACAUCUGGGACUCCCUGGCACCUUCAAUUAGCCACUUUGAUUCUGUGCGCUGAAGUCUUGCUUUGUGUUUGCACUGCGGACCAGAUUCCGGGGGAGUACUGCCUGGAGCCCCCCGAACCUGAGUAUGGGUAUUUUGUGCAUCAAAAGCCUCACUACACUGAGAAUUCCUCGAUUCACUUCUUCUGCCUUCGAGGUUACCGGCUGUCUGGGCCCGCCACCAUGGCCUGCUUGAGGUACCUCAGCAGCAAACUGGCUUGGAUACCUCCUGAGCCCCCCAUCUGUCACUUUGUUGUCUGCCAGGUUCCAAGCAUCGUAAAUGGGGAAGUGGAAAACAGGACCUAUCGAGUGGAUGAUAUAAUGGAGUUCCACUGUCUGACCAGCUUCUAUCUCGACUUCCAGUCCACAGAGCCUCCUCCCAGGUGUCAGGAGGACGGUGUGUGGAGCUCAGUCCCGAGUUGUCUCAGCAACUCUGUGACACCACUUUCACCAGAACUCGACGACCUGAACACUUGUACUGAUCCUGGAUUCCCUGAGCAUGGAGGCAGGACUCUGUCACUCCCCGGGCUCUUGUAUGAGGGUGCCUUGGUGAGGUUCCACUGCCAGGAGGGGUACAAACUGAAAGGAGCACCCAAGAUGGAAUGCGAAAUGCAGGAAGAUGGAAGCCUGGUCUGGGAACCUAGCUCGACACCUGUUUGUCUCUCUGAAUUUACUGUGUGCCCCGUGCCAUACAUUGAAGGUGCCGACGUGUACAACAGCACCUACCGGCCCGGGGACCAGCUGACCGUCAGCUGCCAUCGAGGGUUCCAGAUCCGCUAUCCUGACAUGGACAAUAUGGUAUCGCUGUGCCCAGAUGAUGGGAUAUGGGACAACCUGCCCACCUGCCAAGGUUGCUUGAAGCCCCGGCUAUUUCCUCACAGUUACGUCAAUGUAUCCGAUUCCCUGACCCCCUUCCCGGUGGGAUCAGUCCUACGUUAUCAGUGCUUCCCUGGUUACAAGCUGAUGGGGCCAGAGCUUCUGGAAUGCAUGUACAACCUGCUGUGGUCAUCGAGCCCUCCGAGAUGUCUGGAUGUUGAAGCGUGCCCCCUUCCUCCAAUACCGGAUCACGGGGACUAUGUCUGCCACCCCUAUCCUUGCGACCGCUACAUCCAUGGCACUGUCCUGGAGUUCUACUGUGACCCUGGCUACUCCCUCACCAAUGAUUACAAAUACAUCACCUGCCAGUAUGGAGAGUGGUUCCCGACCAACCAGGUCUUCUGCCAACAAGUUGGUGGGUGCUUGACGCGAGAUGGAAGAGAGCUUUACGGAGAUCAAACCUGGUCAGACUCUGAGGAAGCUAUCCUCUCCACCUGGAAGAUUGUGGCAUUCACGGCCAUCAGUGUCCUUCUGGCCCUGCUCCUUGUGGUCUUUGUCAAAGCCUUUCAUAUCAAGCUGAAGUCACCGUGCCAAUCUGGUGAUCAAGAUGCUUCAAGUAGCCGAAAUUUUGUGGUGGUUGAUGGAGUGCCAGUCGUAUUGCCCACCUAUGACGAGGCUGUGUGUAACAGCACGACUAACGACUCUGCUCCUGAGGUCACAACCCCUGCAAGACAGGCUGAUGAGGCAACAGAAGCGGAUGACCAGAACCCUCCAGCCUAUCCUGGCCAUGCUGCUGACCCAGUUGUAGCUGCAAAUCCUACACCCGUGGACCGGCCUGGCCAAUUAGACUGCUCAGGGGGUGGGGAAGGGGAGGAUUCAUCACCAUCAAUGUCGUUUGGUACAGCAGCUACACAUCCGAUUACAGAAGAAAUCAUCGAUGGCCCAGAGACAGAGAACACAGCUUCAACGUCUCCCAGUAUUAACAUUGCAGACGGAAUCCCAUUGCUGGAGGAGGACUCGUAGUCUCCAUCACACCUACCGUCAGGUUACAACUGACCAACCUGCCAUCUCAUCACCGCAUGAAGAGAGGGAAGCUGGGGCAGGUCCAUUUCUAUACAAU